UUUUGUUAUUGGCGCGAAGGGGAGAGGGGCGCGCGAGGCAGCUUCCCACUUCUUUUCCGCCGCUAACGGAAUAAACGGCCGUUCCCGCCUGGCCCCGUCCCCUUUCCCCCGCGAGGGAGGCAGCCAGGCGCGGGAGCGAGCAUGCUUCUAGUAAGAUGGCAGCCAUUUCUGGGGACAGCGAUUAUAAGCAGGAUAUCCGGAAAUUCUUUGGAGUUUUAACUCCUGGGAAGAAAAAUGAAGGCAACACUGCUGAGAAAAAUGUGAAACACAAAAAGAAGGAGGGGACCUCAGGCGAGAAGUCAAAAUUGAAGGAAAUUAAGGAGAAGAAUUCAUCCCUUGAAGAUGAUUUCAAACAAAAACAGGUGAACAAGAAAAAGAGGAUAAUCUAUGAUUCAGAUUCUGAAGAGGAGGUACAGUCAGCAAAAAAAGCUAAGAAUCCACCAGACCAGGAAACAGUCUUCAAACCUGGACAGAUUCUAAAGCAGGAUCCUGUUGUUUAUGUUUCAGAGACAGAUGAAGAUGAUGAUUUUGUAAAUAAAGCAGCUUCCCAGAAGCCCAAGAAUGGGACAUCUACCCGUGCUCUCGGAACAACAGGAACAUCGAAGACAGAUCCCAAAGCAAAAGUAAAAAGUAAACCCUUAUCUCCAGUGAAAUUGACACCUACCUCUGUAAUUGACUACUUUGGAACUGGUAGUAUACAGCGAUCAGAGAAGAAGCUGGUAUCAAGCAAACGAAAAGAACCUUCACAAAGCAGGGAUUCUACACUCGAUGAUGAGACUAUUGCUAAGCAACUACAACUUGAAGAAAAUACAGAGGUGGAGAGACAGUUGCAUGAAGAUGAAGAAUUUGCCAGAACUCUGGCUAUGUUGGAUGAAAUACCAAAAAAGAAAAAGCCUCGAAAAGAUACAGAAGAGAAACAGACGGUAUCAACAACCAAAACUAGUCCAGAUGAAACACAAAAAAAUAAACAAGUUCACAAAGUGAAACAUACCAUUUCAACUCUUGAAUCAAGACCUUCUUCUACAAUGGAACAGAUUCACUUGGAUAGCACCAGAACAUUGACUCUUCAUCCAGAAUCCUCUGUUAGUAAAGAGAGAAAUGAUUUGGAGACCAAGAUGUUGGCCUCAAAGACAAGCUCAAAGUUAUCAGCACUGAAGCAAAAAGCAGAGAGUAUUAAAAUAGAAAAUGGGACUCGAAAAGGAGAAAGUACUAGUAAAGAAAGCAUGAUUCCAAAAGGAAAGACAAUUUCACCAAAAGAAGAGAAAACACCUAGAAAGGUUUCUCCCCAGAAAUCUAAGUCUGUUAGCCCUGAAGACUCUGAAAAGAAGCAAGCCAACUAUCAGGCUUACAGAAGCUUUCUUAAUCGGGAAGGUCCAAAAGCACUUGGCUCUAAAGAGAUACCACAAGGUGCUGAAAAUUGUUUGGAAAGUAUGUCAUUUGUGAUCACGGGUGUCUUGGAAUCUAUUGAACGUGAUGAAGCCAAAUCACUAAUCGAGCGUUAUGGGGGGAAAGUAACUGGUAAUGUCAGCAAGAAGACAAACUAUCUUGUUAAGGGCCGUGACUGUGGAUUGUCAAAGUGUGAGAAGGCAACAGCUUUAGGGACAAAAAUUAUUGAUGAAGACGGUUUAUUUGAUUUAAUAAGGAAGAUGCCAGGCAAGAAAUCAAAGUAUGAAAUAGCAGCUGAAGCAGAGGCAAAGAAAACAAAAUCCACCAGCGAGAGAAGCCCACUGAAAGGUGGUGCAGUAAAAGGAAAAAUUAGCCCAAAGAAAAGGGAGAGUGAACCAAAAAAGAAAGUCUCCACUUCUGCACAGGAUACCUUCAAAUUCAUUAAGAAGGAAAGUCUGGACGCAAGGAGGGGCCUGGACUUUGAGGAGAAAAAGCAAGUUCCAAAAGCUAAUGGGGCCCCAGUUUGGGAAACAAGUAAAAGUGGGACAGAAUUAUUACUUUGGGUGGACAAAUACAGGCCCACGUCUCUUAAAACGAUCAUUGGACAACAGGGAGACCAGAGCUGUGCUAAUAAACUCUUACGUUGGCUUCGAAACUGGCACAAGAAUACAUCAGAAAACAAACAUGCAAAAUCCAGUAAGUUUGGAAACAAAGAUGAUGGGGCUAGUUUCAAAGCAGCUUUACUCUCAGGGCCCCCAGGGGUUGGUAAAACUACUACAGCUUCUCUGGUUUGUGAGGAAUUGGGUUUGAGCUACGUGGAAUUAAAUGCAAGUGAUACACGCAGUAAGAACAGCAUGAAGGAAGUGGUUGCCGAAUCCUUAAAUAACACCAGCAUUAAAGAUUUUUGUUCAGGAGCAUCAUCUUCAUGCAGUACGAAACAUGUCCUAAUCAUGGAUGAGGUGGAUGGAAUGGCUGGCAAUGAAGACAGAGGAGGAAUACAGGAAUUGAUUGACCUGAUUAAGCACACAAAGAUUCCUAUUAUUUGUAUGUGUAAUGAUCGGAAUCAUCCAAAGAUCCGUUCCCUCGUCUACUACUGUUUUGACCUUCGCUUCUAUAGACCACGUGUAGAACAGAUUAAGGGUGCAAUGAUGUCUAUUGCCUAUAAAGAAGGGUUAAAGAUUCCACCACCAGCGAUGAAUGAAAUAAUCUUAGCAGCUAAUCAGGAUAUUAGACAAGUACUACAUAAUCUCAGCAUGUGGUCUGCAAGAAACAAAACUCUGACUUAUGAUGGUGUUAAAGAGGAUGCCAACAAAGCUAAAAAGGAUAUUAAACUGGGUCCUUUUGAUGUUGUCAGGAAGGUUUUUGCUACUGGAGAGGAGGCUUCUCACAUGUCCCUUAUUGACAAAGCAGACCUGUUCUUCCAUGAUUAUUCUCUGGGCCCACUCUUUGUCCAAGAGAACUAUAUUCAUGUUCAACCAGCUGCUGCUGGGAAUGAUAUGAAAAAACACCUGAUGUUACUUAGCAAAGCAGCUGACAGCAUAUGUGAUGGUGACUUAGUUGACAGGCAGAUUCGAAGUCAACAAACUUGGAACCUUCUACCUACACAGGCUAUUUAUUCAAGUGUCCUCCCUGGGGAGCUAAUGAGAGGUUACAUGAACCAAUUCCCAAACUUUCCAAGCUGGUUGGGGAAAUUUUCAUCAACAGGAAAACAUGACCGUAUCAUUAAAGAGUUGUCAAUGCACAUGAGCCUCAGGACACAUGCAAGCAAGAGAGCAGUAAAUCUGGAAUAUUUAUCAUAUCUGCGAGAUGCAAUUGUGAGACCUUUGUCUUGCUUGGGAACAGAAGGAGUGCAAGAUGCUAUAGCAGUCAUGGAUUCCUAUUGCUUGAUGAAGGAAGAUGUUGAAAAUAUAAUGGAAGUGACCAGCUGGGGAGGCAAGCCUAGUGAGUUCUCUAACCUAGAUUCCAAGGUUAAAUCAGCUUUCACACGAACCUAUAACAAAGAGGCACACCUAACACCGUAUUCACUGCAAAUGGUACAGAAGACGAAGCGACGAGCAGGUUCUGCAGUGGAUGCAGAAUUGAACGAAGAGCUGGAAGCUGAUGAAGUCCAGUCCGAGAAUGAACAAGAGACGAUUGAAAAUGAUGCAAUGAUUAAGAAGAAGGUGAAGACUACCAAGCAACCAACAGUAGAAAAAAGAGAGGAAAAGAAAAAGGGGAAAGCAAAGAAAAAGAGCAAAUGAACUGCUCCUAUGUUUACUGACAAGACUGAUCCAACUCUGCAAGCUUUGUAAUAAUAUUGCUUUAUGCUGGGUUGUGGAUAAAGUGAAUGGGGUGAAAAGUCCCUCUUAGUGGCCAUAGAGCUGCUGUGUUUUAUUACCACUGCACAAACACGUGACACACUUUGGGUAUUGCAGUAAUGUAAUGUUCCAGAAGAAUCCUCGUUCAUGGACAGUGUGCUGAGGCAUUUGGGAACUGUAGAACAUGACCCUUCUGUCUCUGGCUUCAUCUUGUGAUGUCGAAACUCAGCAAGACCUAGGGCAGUUGCCACAGAAAUAAAGCUGGAACAAGCCAUGGGUUAUUCUGUAGCUUGCUAUGAAAGAAACAUGACAGGAGACUUGGGUCCAGACCACAUGCUAAGACAUGGAAGGUCAAGGAUUUGUUGAGCUGACUGGCCAGUGUGUACCAGUAUGGUAAGUUUCACAAGCGUGGAGAUAUCUGUAUCUUCAAAUUUGUGUAAAUAUGGACAGAGCUUAGCAGCAAGUAGGUGAAAAAGCACUGGCCUAUUUAAUGUGUUCUGUAUUUCAUCUUUGCAGAGCGUCUGAUAUUUUUAAAAAUAGCUAUGUUAUACAGAGAACAUGUAUAUAGUAUAUACUGAUCAUACGCUAAACUGGAUAUUUCUUUUGUACAUGAUGAGAAAGCAGCAUUGUGUAAAGGUUGCAAUAAAACUAGUUUCAUAUUUUUAA